AUGGGGGCAUUUUUAGAUCAGUUUGAAAAAGCUUCCUCCUUCAAAAAUUAGAACAUGUUAGAAAAGAAAGAAAUGAAUAGUUUAUAUAAACGUGAAAGCAUCUAAUAAUCAUCAUUAUAAGAGAAAUACAAAGAAAAGAUAGAGCUUAUUACAAAUUUUGUUAGGUCAUAGCUUGUAGUCCUAAAAUAAUAUUGA